AUGAAUGUAUUAAAGGAUUACUGUAGUAAGAGAACCUUUUCCUCUGUGUCUUCUGUCGCGAAACAAUGGAAGUUAGUAGAAACAAGAAGGAUUGCAGUUCAGCCAGAUUACAAAGUAGGAGAUCCCAAACCCCAUUAUGUUCCAAGAAGAGAUAAAAAAUUCCCUGAUUACAAAUUUGGUGAUCCCACCGUUUUUAAGAGAAGUGCUAAGGGUUUAUUUGGAGGUUCUUUUAUUCAAUUUGGUAAUAGUAUAUCAGAAAGUAAACAUAAAACUAGAAGAACUUGGCUUCCAAACAUCGUUAAAAAAGGAUUAUGGAGUGAAGUGUUGAACAAGAAGAUUGACAUAAAAUUAACAGCUAGUGUUCUUCGAACCAUCAGUAAGGAAGGUGGGAUUGAUAACUAUCUGAUAAAGGAUAAACCUGCCAGAAUUAAGGAGUUAGGACCUGCUGGCUGGAAAUUACGUUAUAGUAUAUUAAAAGAGAAGGAAAGAAGAAGUAAGGAUUACUUAAAAGACAUGCAAACGAUGAAGGGUAAAGAUGGCAAGGAUGUAGUUAUCUACUAUGAUGGAAUCAUCAAUGGCAAACCUCUAAAAAUCACGAAGAGUAAGAAUAGUCUGUUAAGUUUAUUAUUCCCAUUGGAGAAAUUGGAAAAACGCGCUGAUGGUAUCGUCAUUACCAGAAAAUCAUAUAGUGAUUUAUAUUACGGUUGUACCAUUGAACAGGUUUUGAGUAAAUUAGACGAAUAUAAUUUCGAUCUAUCUGCUGUAUCGUUACAAGAAAAUUAA